GCUGUGGUGCGCAAAGCACUGUGGGACACUGGCAACGUGGGGUGGGACGGAAGCCUCCGAGGGUCAGAUCUUAGCGACGCGGGAAGUCCAGACACCAGAACUGCCUGAAGAGAAGGCCUGAGGCGGAGAAGGCUCCUGCUCCAGCGGAGGCAAUGGCGGAGAGGCCCGAGGACCUAAAUCUGCCCAAUGCCGUCAUUACUAGGAUCAUAAAGGAAGCGCUCCCGGACGGCGUCAACAUCUCCAAGGAGGCCCGGAGUGCCAUCUCCCGCGCCGCCAGCGUCUUCGUUCUGUAUGCCACAUCCUGUGCCAACAACUUCGCAAUGAAAGGGAAGCGCAAGACUCUGAAUGCCAGUGAUGUGCUGUCAGCCAUGGAAGAGAUGGAGUUCCAGCGGUUCGUUACACCACUGAAAGAAGCUCUAGAAGCGUACAGGCGGGAGCAGAAAGGCAAGAAGGAAGCCUCCGAGCAAAAGAAGAAGGACAAAGACAAAAAGACAGAUUCCGAAGAGCAGGACAAGAGCAGAGAGGAAGAUGAUGAAGAUGAAGAAAGACUGGAAGAAGAAGAACAGAAUGAAGAGGAGGAAGUAGACAACUGAGUGGAGAGAGUGGGCAGACUGUGGCACCAUGGAAGUGACCAACCACCCUGAGAUGUUUUUAUGCAAGGCCUUUCCCUGCAAGGCCUUUCCCUGCAAGGCAGAGCCAUCUUAGGCACCGGUGCCUGAGAUCAGAAUAAAAACUAACCAGAAUGAUCCAAAACCAGCUCUUGCCAGGCUCAGAGCAUCUGAGUAACAGAAACCUGUUUCACUGAAUCAGUCUGGAGAUUGUGUUGUGACUUUUUAGUAUAAGGGCUUCUGACUGAUGAAAUAGUUUGAUGUCGUUUGUUUACUUAAAUAUGUGGCUAGCUAGUUUUUGAUCCCAUUUCCCUCCAAAAAAAGUAAUAACUUCCAUGUUGCUCGCCUGCUGUGUUUAGGCACUCACGGCUCAGGGUGGGGAAAUGGGGCUUUGAUCAUGGUCACCCUGUUUGAUUAUACAGUAUUUGGCAAUAGGUAUUAAUGGUCAGAAUGGUUUCGCUCUGGGAAAAGUCUGUGGGAGGAUAAGGUGAUCUCUUUACUGGAUGGUAACAUUACUUGUUUGUUUUCUUUUUGAGACUUAAUUAGCUUGCAGCUCUUCUUUGUUGACUGUAGAUGUUCAGUUGGCUCGGGUGGCUGCACUCCUAUGACAUACACUCUUAAAUUCUCAGUGUUGAUUAGAAUCUGUCAGAAAAGGGUGUCAGUUCUUAAAAGCAGGUGGCUUAAUCUCAGCAGUAACUCAGUGCCUGCCACUGUAGGAUUUAGUGCUACCUCCUGGAAGGUAUAAAAUCCCAGGUUUUCUCUUCCUUAGUCCAUCUCCCUGACUUGUGGCUGCUGCUUUUCAUUCCCUGAACUAUUGACAAGUUCCAGACUUUAUUUCCUCUAGGCACAGCCUUUUCCCUCUCCAUCUCUCUCCUGCCUCUGCUUCCGGGCCCCACUUUCUCCUUUUCUUAUUUCAUCUUCCAGUCUAGGAACUUUGGUGACCCAUGCAAUGUCCCACAGUGCCAGUUCCUCAGCUUCCUUAGUCCUGCUCUCCUGAAAACCUCUGAACCUUAAGGGAAGUGUAACAGUGCUCAGGAAUCUAGCAGCACAGCCACCACUGCUGUGGCUUUGGAAGUGCCUGUUGGCCUUUCCUUUCUCCCCAUUUAGUGCUCCAAGCACUUUUUUUCUUAGUUGAGCACUUGAGGUUAAAAAGUAAUGUAAUAUAGUUGGACAUUGUUAGCUAGUUGAGUGAAUACAAUGAAGAUUUAUUGAAAGUGACAAGACUGUUGAGAAGAUUUUAAUGCUUUAUACAAAUAAAGAACAUUCUUGUUUAAAAUGA